CCGCCCCACGCCGGGCGGGGCCUAGCCCGCCCCCUCCGCCGGCGGCCUGAGCGCCCCGGGCCCGAGCCAGGCCGUCUCCCGGGCCGGGGCCGCGGCUCGAUGGCGACGUGGCGGCGGGACGGCCGGCUGACCGGCUGGCAGCGGCUGCUGUGCGCCGGGCUGGCGGGGGCGCUCAGCCUCAGCCUCACCGCGCCCCUGGAGCUCGCCACCGUGCUGGCCCAGGUGGGCGUCGUGCGAGGCCACGCCCGGGGGCCGUGGGCCACCGGGCGCCGGGUGUGGCGGGCCGAGGGGCCCCGGGCCCUGUGGAAGGGGAACGCGGUGGCGUGCCUGCGCCUCUUCCCCUGCAGCGCCGUGCAGCUCGCCGCCUACCGCAAGUUUGUUGUGCUGUUCACGGAUGACCUGGGCCAUAUUUCCCAGUGGCGCUCCAUCAUGGCUGGGAGUCUCUCAGGCAUGGUCUCCACCAUCGUGACGUAUCCUACAGACCUCAUCAAAACCCGAUUGAUUGUACAGAACAUGCUGGAACCAUCUUACAGGGGGCUUCUCCAUGCUUUUUCCACUAUUUAUCAACAGGAAGGGUUCCUGGCCCUUUAUCGAGGGGUUUCCCUCACUGUUUUAGGUGCUGUCCCAUUCUCUGCUGGCUCCCUUCUUGUUUACAUGAACCUGGAGAAAAUCUGGAAUGGACCCCGAGAUCGGUUCUCUGUCCUGCAGAACUUUGCCAAUGUCUGUCUGGCUGCUGCGGUGACCCAGACCCUCUCCUUUCCCUUUGACACCGUGAAGAGAAAGAUGCAGGCUCAGAGCCCCUUCCUUCCCCACUGUGGAGGAGUAGAUGUGCAUUUCUCAGGAGCCGCAGACUGCUUCCGGCAGAUAGUGAAGACCCAAGGAGUACUGGGGCUCUGGAAUGGACUGACAGCCAACUUACUGAAGAUAGUUCCAUAUUUUGGAGUUAUGUUUAGCACCUUUGAAUUCUGCAAGAGAAUCUGUCUUUACCAAAAUGGUUACACUGUGUCUCCUCUGAGCUAUAAAUUGACGCCAGGGGUGGAUCAGAGUUUGCAGCCCCAGGAAUUGCGGGAAUUAAAGAAGUUCUUCAAAACUGGAAAACUGAAGUCUAAAAAACCAACUCUGUGAAACUGCAUGGAACUGGAAGCGCACCAACUGAAGGCAUGUUGCAAUCACAGAUAAACGCGGCCUCUUAAUUGUGCACAUGAGGAGCGAUGAGAGGCUACUCCUGUCUGCUGCCCUUGGAAAUGAGACAGUUUGACCAUUCACCCCCUGAAAGCUCCAAACUGAUGUCCCUGUGAACACCUGCACCACGAGGUUUCCCAACACUACUGUGUCAUGAUAGCAUUCCACCAGAUUUUAUAAUCAAAACCUAGUAGUGACAAAAUGUGCGAUUUACACUCUGAAUAGAAACACGACACCCAAGAAAGGGCAUGGCCGCGACAUCUCAAAGCAACAUGUAGUUGAAGUGGCUGAGCAGAUACCACAUCGUGAGCUCAGCCACAGGGUCACUCGUAGUCAAUGCGAAGCUCACACGGCCCAACGUCAGCCUAGUUUCACUCAGUUUGACCUGAAGCUUCCUACUACCACUGUUCUUAACUCAUAACCUUUGCUGACUUCUGAGUGUACACACCACAGUGUUAAUUAUGCCUUGUCAGAAACUAAGUGAAAGUGUUUAACAUUUAAAAGUUGUCACUAUGGUAGUACAACCAUCCUUCUUUACUGAAAUUUGAAGCAUCCCAAGCUUAGAAACUUCUGUUUCAGAAAGGCAGUUUUUACCAUGACUGCUUAAUUAUGUCCCCAAAGGCAUUCUUUGGAUUGAAGUCAUGUACAGUUCAAAUGGCCCGAAUUCUCUGCCUUUUUAACUUGCUUUACAAGCCUACCUUGAAAAUAAGUUAUUUAGUCAACUUAAGUUAUUCUCACAAGAUGUCCCAGUUGCCUAGAGAGGACCAAAUGGAACAUUUGACACAUGCACCCAAAAAAAUGUAACUGAAUAAAAACACUCUAGGCUAAUAAUGUGUACUAAAUUUUUUAAAAAUCAAAUUUAA